AAUUAUGAAUCCAAUGAUUUGUAUAAAUGUGAACAUAGAAACGAUGGGAAAGUGGAAAGUAUUUUUUUAUUUUAGAAGACUAAUGUCAUUCAUUCAUUCUUUCUUACAGGUGACAUUUUUCUCUGUCUAGUGACAGACCAUAAGUCAUGGCUGUAAAUCUGUGUGCUUUGCUCUGUAUCCUUAUGCUGUUAGCAUGUUUUACGCAGCCUAAACCUCAUGAUGAUCUACCGUUACGCUCAAUGGAGAUAAGAGAUCCGAACAUUGACGCAGUGUGGUAUAAAGGCAGGGGAAUUCGACCUGUUGGGAGAUUUGGCAGAAGAACGGCGCAAAAAGGUGAAGGAUCGUAUUUUGGAAGGCACAGGUUCUGCUAUCCUGAGGUCCUGGCUGUGGACUGACAAGUCAAAAAUAAUUUUAAAUUGCAUCUGUUCUGUGAGAACUUAUUUCAAUACCUAUUUGACUCCAAGAUAUUGCAUUUCAAAAUUACAUACGUUAAUGAAUGGGUUACAAUCACAAAAGUCAUAAAUACCAGAUUUUUUUGUGUAUUUCUUGAGACAUACAUCUAAAUAAAACUAAUUCGUGAAAAAGACCACAAAUUUAGUUGAUUGGAUGGAAGUAGAUUUGAAUAACAAUUGUGAGAUAGCAUGCACAGAAAAAAAGAUUUAAUUUCAUACUAUAAAGAUG